GCUAAGAGAGAUACCAUUUUAUUUAAAAUGCAGCAAUAUAUGGAUAUAAACUGCAUUAAAAAGGAAUAUCCCGAUGAUUAUGAAGUACCAGAAUUUGAAAUAGACAUAGGACCUAUUAAAAUAGAAGAGCCUCUGAAUACGGAAAUAAAACAGGAAUGCGACGAAACACAGCAGACGAUAAACAGUUUGAGAGGUGAAAACUAUUUGGAGUCCUAUCGAAGCAUUCCUGCCGCAGCCGCAGACUCCACCGAAACCAAAUCAAAUAAUCGUCGUUCAAUUGUGAACGAACUGCGUGAACGAUUGAUGAAGGUGGACAUGGCAAGCGCUCAAGUUAAUAAAGCCAAGCUGUCCGGGCGACACUCUUCCUCUCCAUCCCUGCCACGUGCCCAGCAAAUGCGCAAUCUGCGCCAGCGUCUUAUGAAUUUGGAACGCCCAAAGGAACUGCCUCGACAAAAGCCCGUGAUAUCGAGCAGCCAACGCACACGUGAGUUGCAUCAGCGUCUGCUGCAACUGGAUCAGAGAGGGGCACUGACAGAGCGAGGGAAAAGCGAAUCAAGCGAAGAUCUAACUCGCGGACUCACAGCAUAUACGAGUGCCCAGCGUCGUCAGCUCAGCCAACAGGACAACAACACAGACAAUUACAGCAGCAACAAGAACUACGCCAGGUCACGUCCACCUGAGCGGAGCCUUAAGCGAAUGCAUGAGUUUCGUGAGCGACUGCUAAGACUGGACAAAGCCUGCCCAGAAUACAAGCGCAAAAGAAUGGAAAACGGGACUAAAAUGAAUAGCUAA